AUCCUGCAGCCAACGGACCUACGUCACGUGACUACAAUGAUGCCAGCUGGGAACUCAUAGAUGCCCCUCAUGAUUUCGUCAUUUUCGGUGUGUAUUCGCGAGACGGACCGAGAAGCCACGCCUACUUGCCCCAAAACAUGUCUUGGUACCGCAAACAUUUUAAUCUCCCAUCUGAUUGGAAAGGCAGUUCGAUCUGGAUCUAUUUCGAGGGAAUAUUUCGUGCCAGCAUGAUCUAUCUCAACGGUCAGUUUCUUCUUUACCAUCAGUCGGGAUACACCAGUUUCUCUGUUCGUCUUGACAAUGUCAGCAACGUAAUGUAUGGUACCGGGGAGGCGAAUGAGAACGUUCUGACUGUCAUGUGCACAGCAGCUGGCGGAACAGGCUGGUGGUAUGAAGGCGGUGGGAUUUACCGUCACACUUAUCUCAUCCGAACCAAUCAUGUUCAUCUGUUCGUAGAAGGUCUGUAUGGUGCAUCGGAGGUGACAGGAGAAAUACAUGAUCAUGAACCUAGUGAUGCAACGAAGGGUCAAUAUUCGGAUGGUGCGACGUUUAUGGCAACCGCUGAAGUUACUAACGACGCUUUGACUCAAUCUGCAAAAAACGUUGUAGUCUAUUUUGCUUUGUUUGAUGAGAAUGGGGAAGAAGUUGUUGAAGCAACGUCGGCAUCCGUUUCUGUUUCUUCUAAUAUGACUGAGGUGGCUAAGGCAAGUUUUAAGAUUUCAAAGGCUGAGCUCUGGAGUACUCCCCGUCCAUACUUGUACACUUUGCAGACGUCCGUCAUGGCUGGAUCUACACUUCUCGACAACGUUAGCACAACUGUUGGAGUAAGGCUUGCCAAAUGGGAUCCUAACCAGGGAUUCUUCUUGAACAACGUUCCGUACAAAUGGCGAGGUUUCUGUGAUCACAAUGAUUUCACUGGAGUGGGGGUGGCAGUUCCAGACAGAGUCAAUCUCUUUCGGGCUCAAAUGCUCAGAGCGGUUGGUGGCAACUCCUGGCGUAUGUCACACAAUCCACCAAUACCGGUUUUGCUUGACAUUCUUGAUCGACUCGGUGUGGUUGUAUGGGACGAAAAUAGGAACUUUGGUAAUAACAGUGUGUGGUUGAUGGAUCAGCGAGAUAUGGUGAGACGUGAUCGCAACCAUCCCAGUGUCAUGGUUUGGUCGUUUUGCAACGAGGGUGGUUGCAUGGAGAGUGACGGUCCGGCACCAGGAGAAGUGGGCCAGAUGUUCAAGACGGUGUCCAAACAGGAAGAUCCGUACCGUCCUGUUGGUGCCAACAUGAACGGCAGAUUGGGUGACUCUCUCUCUCCUGUACUAGAUGUCCAAGGGUUUUCUCACCGGAACGGAAACGAUUUUGAUGGCUUUCACAAAGAUUUCCCCAAGAUACCAACAAUCGGAUCCGAAUGCUGUUCGUGUAUCACCAAUCGUGGCGAAGACACGUCGAACAGCUCUCGACCUAGCGUUGGAAAUUUCAACGGAAACUGCAACUCUGGUCAAAAUGGUGUAGAGUUACAGCGCGAGUUUGUCGCCGGGACACUCGUGUGGACUCUGUUUGAUUACUAUGGAGAACCGUGCUGCAACGGGUGGCCCAUGGUGUCUUCGUCAUUCGGAUCUAUUGAUCUGGCUGGAUUUCCUAAGGCAUCAGCAUUUUGGUACAAAGCGUGGUUUCUUCUAAAUUCGACGAACAUGAGUUCCAGCUCUCAUGAUCUUACUUACCGUGCUCCCAUGCUCGGCAAUCCAACAUCCCCCUCGUGGCUAUCUGCGGAUAGUAAUUCGGGUUUCAUGAUAUAUAUUGUUCAGCACUGGGAGGCGGAUGUGGGAGGCAGCACACGGACCAUCCAGGCGUACACGAAUGCUCCGCUGGCGGAACUGUUCGUGAAUGGUAAAUCUCAAGGAGUAAAGACAAUCAGUUGGCUAGGUUGGGCAGAAUGGGACAACGUUGAUUACGUCACCGGAAAUCUUACUGCGGUAGGAAUGGUGACUGCAGGCCAUGUGGUUGCAUCCUACACGUUAGAGACAACAGGCAACCCAGCCGCUAUCAAAUUGUCGGUAGAUGUACCAAGUAUGAAUACGGGAACGGGAAAAGCUCUCGUUAUGAACGGACAAGAUGCCGGUAUGGUGAGGGCUUCUAUUGUUGACUCUAAAGGUCGAGUCGUCAACUCUGCUUCACACAACGUUACCUUUAGCAUUUCCAGCGGUCCAGGCCGUAUUAUUGGCGUUGGCAAUGGAGAUCCGAUCUGUCACGAACCGAAUAAGGUGACGUGGAGGAGUGCGUUUCAUGGGUUGGCUCGUGCUAUCAUACAGGUGACGGCUGAUCACGCGUCUUCAGCUCAUCAUCGGUAUCGUAUGAGAGAAAUUGAUAGUGAAGGGGGUCGUCACACGAUUAUUUUGCCUCCUGACGUCGUGUCGGCACCGAUGGUUGAUAUUGUUGUGAAGGCCACAGUAGAGGGUCUAGAAAGUGAUCAAGUGACCAUUCCUGUUGUAUCCGAUUCCGAUCAGUUUGGUGUGCUGCAAGUGGCUAGAGGAUCAAUAGUGCAGCACAAAUGAUUUCAUACUAUGUCGUGUGGUGCUAAAUGGUGUUGCUGUGUGAGUGUUGUUGCCCGACUGUUCAAAUAGUGUCGAAUAGAAUCAAUUUUGCGUUAGCCACAUUACGUUUGCUUGCCAUGUCAGUGUA